CCCCCGUGCGAUGUACACGACGGCGCGGUGAGGAGUGGACGGUGGGAUCCUGAGGAGGACUCGCCGACGAGGAGUGCCGUCGACCCCACGCGCGUCCGCGUCCGGAGGCAUGAGCGUGUUUGGGGACUUCCAGCGUGUCUGGGUGCAGCGGUUCCCGGACAGCGCCUUGCCGGCCGCCUGGGAAGAGGAUGUCAGAGCGAACCUGGUCAGACAUAAGCAGAAGGUGACAGCUUUGAGAGAAGAGCUCGAAAAAGAAGAGUUUUAUGUAGAAUAUUUAGAGAGAUUGCUGGCUGACGUCGAGCGACACAAACAGCUGGCUAACAAUACCAGCGCGAAUACGAAUACGUCUGAGAUUAAACAGGAAGCGGCGACGGAAACGCAGUCUCAACAGGAUUCUCAAGUAUCGGAGAAUAGUUUGGCAGACUCUCCGAAUUCGCCGAAUUCUCAGAACGUCGGACCAUCCGCUCCUACCUUGACGGAACGGGAAGACAUCAGCAAAUUUCAAGACAAGUGCGUGUCCGAACUAAGCUCGACUCUUAGCACAGCUGGCAAGCGACCCAAGAGCGAAAUACCAAGGAGUCCCGAUAAAGUGCCUGAACUUAGAAGAAACAGUGAUCCAGAUGUGCCAAGUAAUUAUGUUACAGUGAUUGAAGUCACCGGAAGUUCGAAGAAAGAUAAAAAUGAGGAAUCUCUCAAGGAGGAGGACGAGAAAGACUUAGAAAAGGCUAUCAAUGAAGAUGGCGAAGAUGGCGAUGCAGAGGCAUCGGAAGAAGAGCCUUAUUACGAUUCAGUAGCCUUGGACCAAACUGGGGAAUAUGUUUACAUUGACGCGCGCGUUCCCACUGUCAACAGUAACAAUGGCAAUAGCAAGGCGGCAACUCGAAGACCACCCUCGCUGCCAGAUUCGCCGGGCAAUCAGAGUAAUUAUGUCAACAUCGAUUAUUUUAUACAACAUAGAGCAGCGAUGGACAGCGAAGAUGAAGAGGGUGCUAGUCCGGCGCCUCCGAUCUUGUUGCGAGCUCUCAGCACGGACAAUGAAACCGGCAGCAGCGACGCCGAACCGCUAAGUUUGAGCGAGGGUAGCUUGGAAUCACCGACCCCGACGACGCCGCGCAGACAAGAAAAGAGCAAGGAGCGCGAGGACGACAGGACGUCGAUGGUCAAGUGUAUCGUAAACUCGGUAGUGGAGAGCGAGGCUGUAUAUGUGGAAUGCUUAACUGUGAUGUUACAAUAUAUGAAAGCUAUUAGAGCAACUUUAACGACAUCUCAACCGGUCAUUUCGGAAGAGGAGUUUGGCACGAUGUUCUACAAGAUUCCGGAACUGCAUGCUCUGCAUCAGACGUUUCUGGAUGGCCUUCGAAAGAAGACGGAAAAGUGGGACAGUAAGACUACUAUAGGAGAACAAUUUAAGAUUAUGGCCAGUAAUAUAGGAUUAUAUGGUGCGUUUUUACACAAUUAUGCUCGCGCGACCGAUACUGUGCGACGAUGCUCUGCUCAUUCCACUCAAUUUGGAGAGAUUACUAGAGAUAUAAGACUCAGAGGUUUUCCAAAGGGUCCGGGUUUGUCUCUAGAAGAUUUGUUACACAAACCAGUUGCUCGAGUACAAAAAAACGCUUUAGUUUUACAUGAUCUUCUCAAACAUACACCAGUCAACCAUGCGGAUCAUGCACCUCUGUCAGAAGCUCUUGCUAUGACCAGAAACUUUCUAGAUGAGUUUAAUAUUAUUCAGACGAAAUCCAUGUUUCCGAGUCACGAUAGAGCCCAACGAAGAUUGGUAAAAAAUUCAUUUGUAGUCGAGCUUUCAGACGGUCACAGAAAAUUAAGACACCUCUUUCUUUUUAAUGAUGUGAUCGCCUGUGCGAAGUAUAAAGCCUCUGGCAGAGAUAAAUUCACAUUUGAAUUAAAAUGGUAUGUGCCGGUAGCGGAAGCUGCUGUUACGGAAGACGGUAUAGAGCCUCGCGAAGCUAGCCCUGCUAAUGUGGUAGCUUUAAGGUCGCAAGCAUGUACAGUACGCGAUCAAAUUUUAUGGGAAGAACGAAACGAUGAGAAACGAAUCCGAUUGGGCGGCAGAGGUUCGGAGAAAAAUCGCAAAAAACUCGCUGAACUUGAGGCUCAGCUGGUGUUAGCCUCGCCAAACUUAGUUCUACGCGUGGCGCAUAAAAGUCAGCAGAAUCGAGUACAAAAUUCUUACACUUUCUUCCUGUCUAGCGAAUUUGAGCGUUCUCAAUGGGUAGAGGCGGUGGAGGCAUUACAACAGGGUGGACAACCUCCAGGGCAGCUGCCAUUGUCAAUGUACGAACUGCAAGCUUGGGUCACUGCCUGUCGAACGUAUUUACAGACUGAUAUGGGUAGCUACCUUCUGAGAUCAGGACGCGAUGAGAGUUUAUUGCUGGGUGAUCUUCAUUUAACACUGCUCGGUUUGACUCCGCCAGGCUUAGACAGAGUGGGUGAUCUCUAUAUCAUUGUGGAAGUUGACAGUUAUGGACACUACUUCAAAAGAGCGCGAAGUCGCAUCGCUAGAGGUCAAGCUCCGAUUUGGGGCGAGACUUUUGUAGUAGAGUUGGAGGGAAGCCAGAACGUUAGGAUUCUAUUGUAUGAAGAAUGCGGUACACGCUCGGUAUUGCGAGGCAAGUGCAUUCAGCGGUUGAGUAGAUCUUGGCUCCAAUCUGAUCAGGUGGAGAGGUCGCUAAACUUGGGACCUGCGACAUUGGACGUGGCGUUACGUUUUGUUCCCAGCGAGGUCACUCUGAGGCGAGUGCCAUCAGCCAAGCCACAGGGCUUAUUUGGAGCCAAAAUCCAACAAGUUUGCAAACGAGAGAAACGCGACGUACCUUUUAUAAUAACGGCAUGCGUACGAGAAGUGGAAAGACGUGGUGUUGGCGAGGUAGGUCUGUAUCGUGUUUCUGGCUCAGCGUCUGAUGUUGCAAGGCUACGCAAGUCGUUCGAAAGCAAUUCGUACGAAGCGGAGCAGCUACUUAAAGAGGUGGACGUGCACUCGGUAACGGGAGUAUUAAAACUGUAUCUGCGUGAAAUGCCAGAGGCGCUGUUCACCGAUGCUCUUUAUCCGGCAUUCCUGGAGGCCUUUCAAACGGGCGAUUUAUCACGGGGUGCCGCAUUGCGACGCGUUUAUGAGGGCUUACCUGCUGUCAACAAAGCGGUGAUCGACUUUUUGUUGGCGCACUUGGCACGUGUGAACAAACACGAGACACAGAACAAAAUGUCACUGCAUAACCUGGCUACAGUGUUCGGGCCCACAUUACUGCGUCCUGGCACCAGUAAUUCACGCAGCGACGCUAAAAGCCGCGAUCCUCUCGCUGCCGGCACCGUCGACGUGAUGGCGCAAGCUGGCAUUCUUUACUGCUUCUUGCAGUUACACUUGCAACAACAGAACAAUCAAUCUCUCUAGUCGACAAAGUCCUCUCAUUCUGAACACGAUUAACGUUACCGUUCGAUUUUAAACGGAAACGCGACCACUUUCUUCCUGAUGAAGCAAACGCCGAAAAGACGAUGUAUGAUGGUGUCUGAAGAACA